GGAGGAAUGACUCUUCAAUCUACAAGCAUCCCAGACUUCAGCACCACAGCUCUAUAUGGAGCACAGAACAACACCAAUGGCUCCGAUUGUACUGAUCCGUACGACUGGGAGUGGCUCCACACCGGCCAGCCGGUGUAUAUCCUGGUCAUCACUGUGCUGGGAGUCAUUUUCAAUGCGUUCGUCCUGGUGGUUUUCUGCUUCCACAAGAAGCCCUGCACUGUUGCUGAGAUCUACUUGAGCAACCUGGCUGCAGCUGACCUCGUCCUGGUGUCCUGUUUGCCUUUCUGGGCCGUCUACAUAUCCAAUGGUUUUAACUGGCACUUCGGUCUGUUCCUGUGCAAAGUGAUCAACAUGGGCAUUAAGCUGAACGCCUACAGCAGCAUCUACUUCCUCGUCCUGGUUAGCAUAGAUCGCUAUGUGGCACUGGUGCGAACAAUGUCCCAUGGCAGAAUGCGUAGGCCAAAAUAUGCCAAACUGGGCUGUGCGCUGGUGUGGGGUUUCGGUUUGCUCCUGAGUGUCCCCACACUCAUCUUCAGGAAAGUGGACUACCUGCCUGACUAUGAUGUCACCGCAUGCUAUCUGGUCUACCCAAACCAUACUGUAGAGCUGCUCUUUGAUGGGAUGUUGGUCGUUUUUAGCUUCAUCAUCCCCAUUUCGAUUAUCUCAUUCUGCACUAUCAGGAUUAUUCAGGCUUUGAAGGUCCAGGCAAUAGAGAGGUUCAAUGCUGAGAAAACAGAGCAGAAGGCCACCACGCUGGUGCUGGUGGUCCUCCUGGCAUUCCUUAUCUGCUGGGUGCCAUUCCACAUCGUCACCACACUGGACGUACUCUUACGAGCCGAGGUCCUGGGAGGGUGUCACCUCUUGUCUGUCCUGGAAAUCUGCAAUCAGCUCUUCACCUACUUAGGCUUCUUCAACAGCGUUCUCAACCCCAUCCUCUACGUCAUUGUGGGAAAGAACUUCCGGAAAAAAGUUCGGGAACUCUUCAAGCAGUGGCACUUGGAAAGAACAAUUACCUCUGAGUCGUCGCGUUCGUCAAACCUGUCCUCUACAUUGAAGACAAUGGUAUAAAAUGCUGCUUUCAAAAGCAGUCUUCCCCGUCAAAAAGGACUUUGCAGAAAGAGUGGUGGAGUGUCAUUUAAUAGACUUGCACAAAUGUAAAUUUUUCCAAUGAUAAGCUUAAUUUAUUAUUACAUUUGUAGUGGAUGCAAUGGGACCAUAUCACCCUUUCUCAUAUCAAUACUGCAGUAGAUGCCUGGAGCAUCUGCCCUUUGCAUCUCAUACCAUCGAUAAAGGGUGCCUCUGUGCAUGAUAUGACCGAAUGUCUGUGUUUAGCAAGUUGGGAGUGAGACCUGGAUGGGCCUCUUUAAAAAGAUAAACUGAAUUUUAAGAAAUGAAGUUAUACGUGUAGGACCAGGGCUUGAAUGAAUUGCUUUUCUCACCACAUGCAAUAAACUUCAGCCAGCCUCUUGUUACAAACAUUGGCAAACAUCCGUAUCGUGAAUGUAGAGAUGGUGUGGUGUAAACCAGCCUGGAUGCUGUAAAAUAAUUCAUGUAAAUACAGUUUUUAUACUCUGCCUUGUACUGCUGAUAACUCAGAUUGUAAUAGUACCAGUAUUUGUUUAUCUCUGAACAUAUUACAGGUCAAAUAAAACAUACAAAUGGUUUUAUGGAUGUCUUGUUGAAUCUUGCAUUUCAAUGUUGAGUUGAGCAAAAGACUAGACUUAGAACGAGAGCUCCAACAACUGCUUGCUAAGUGUUUUCUGGUGUCACUGACUCAUUGUCUGCUGCAGUUAAAAACAGGGCUCUGUCAAAGAGUUUCCACUGGUGACACACAAACACACUCAUUUUCGUUGGCUGUAUGGACAUCUCACUUUAUAUUUUUCCACACUCCCAACAUUUAAUGGCCCAAUGUUGACUCAUUGUGGGCUGUGGGUGAGGGUACACCCCUAGCUGUCCCCAAAAUGUUAGGCAUGUCGCGCCAAACAGGAAAUCUUUGUUGGGAGUCAGGUUUUACCACCACUGCCAGAGCUGGAAAUUGUUGUGGAGCGAAAAAACAUGCAGGCAGACAAAAUGACUUCAAAGGGUGAAAUGCAUGCUGAAAAUACAC